GUUUCCGGGAGAGACAGUGCUGGGGGUGCGAUUCCGGGUGGGGGGAGGUGGCGCGAGGCGGAGGGCAGGGGUCGCGCGUCGUGGGGCCUGACCUCGUCGGCGUCCCAGUCCGCGCCCAGGGCUCGGCGCAGCCAUGGAGAGCGGAGGGCGGCCGUCGCUGGGCCAGUUCAUCCUCCUGGGCACCAGCUCUGUCGUCACCGCUGUCCUGUACUCCGUGUACCGGCAGAAGGCCCAGGUCGCCCAAGAGCUCAAGGGAGCUAAAAGAAUCCACUUGGGUGAAGACUUAAAGAGUAUUCUUUUAGAAGCUCCGGGAAAAUGUGUGCCUUACGCUGUCAUUGAAGGAGCCGUUCGGUCUGUUAAAGAAACGCUUAACAGCCAGUUUGUAGAAAAUUGCAAGGGGGUGAUCCAGCGGCUGACGCUUCAGGAGCACAAGAUGGUGUGGAACCGGGCAACCCGCCUCUGGAACGACUGUUCCAAGAUCAUUCACCAGAGGACCAACGUGGUGCCCUUUGACCUGGUGCCCCAUGAGGAUGGCGUGGAUGUGGCCGUUCGGGUGCUGAAGCCCCUGGACUCGCUGGAUCUGGACCUGGAGACGGUGUACGAGAAGUUCCACCCCUCCGUCCAGUCCUUCACGGACGUCAUCGGCCACUACAUCAGCGGGGAGCGGCCCAAGGGCGUCCAGGAGACCGAGGAGAUGCUGAAGGUCGGGGCCACCCUCACGGGGGUGGGCGAGCUGGUCCUAGACAGCAGCUCCAUCCGUCUGCAGCCCCCCAAGCAGGGCAUGCAGUACUACUUGAGCAGCCAGGACUUCGACAGCCUGCUGCAGAGGCAGGAGUCCAGCGUCAGGCUCUGGAAGGUCCUGACUGUGGUGUUCGGCUUUGCCACGUGCGCUACCCUCUUCUUCAUCCUCCGGAAGCAGUAUGUGCAGCGGCGAGAGCGACUGCGCCUCCAGCAGAUGGAGGAGGCGUUCCGGGAGCACGAGGCCCAGCUGCUGAGCCGAGCCAACCCCGAGGACCGGGAGAGUCUGAAGAACGCCUGCGUCGUGUGCCUGAGCAACUUCCGGUCUUGCGUCUUCCUGGAGUGCGGGCAUGUGUGUUCCUGCACCGAGUGCUACCACGCCUUGCCGGAGCCCAAGAGGUGCCCCAUCUGCAGGCAGGCGAUCACCCGGGUGAUUCCCUUGUACAACAGCUAAUGGUCUCGAGGCCCCACAGUGAGACCCCCCCGCCCCGCUUCAGCGCUGUUUAUCUCCAGGCCUUUAGAAGAGCAGUGGUGGGCGGCCGUCAUCUCACAGCCCCAGCAGCAGAGGGUGGCCUUUCCAACGUGCAGGGGACCUUUUCCGGCACUGAGCACAGACUCACGGCCCCACCGUGGGGCAGGCGCCGUGGUGCCGUGUCCCCUCCUUGGAGGCCCUGAGCGUGCGUGGCUGGGGACAGCUCACUGCUCAAGUGCCAAAGUCAGUGGCCUCUGGCUUUUCUAUUCUGGUGUCUUCUCGUCCUUUCUGGUGAGGUGUCGGUUCCUGUGGACUUGAGCCUUGAGUGACUCGGCCAGAGGGGAGGCAAAGCUGCCGCGCGGAGCCGCUUCUGAAGAGACUGCCCCGGUCUUCCUCCCCCUUGCUUACAGCCCGGAAAAAAGUUGUCAGGCUGGAUGCGCC